CCACAAUCUCUGGGAGUCCGUACACGAGGGGGGGGAGAGGAAGAAGACAAUUUGCUAGAGAGAGAGAGGAAGAUACUACUUUUCUGGAGGGAAAGGAGACUUGGGUGGGUGCAAAGAGAGAGAGACAGAGGAAGAGACCUCGGUGGGUGCAGAAAGAGAGAGAGACAGAGGAAAAGGCUUUGGUGGGUGCACAGAGAAAGAAAGGUAGAGACUUUGGUGGGUGCGCAGAGAGAGAGAGGUAGAGACUUUGGUGGGUGCACAGAGAGAAAGAGAGAGAGAGAGAGAGAGGAAGAGGGAGGUACUUUGGUGGUCCUCCUGGCCGCGGGCGAGGAUGACAACCAUCCCCAUAGAGGGAGGAGCACCGGAGAUCGCUGGAGAAGAAGAUGCUGCACCCGCUCAGACGGGUGCUGACGACGAUGAGUUCGAUUACGCGUUCAAGAGUGAGGCGCGGACGGCUCCAUACGCAGACAAGAAGGUGGAGGGUGGUAAAAAACCAGCGAGGCCGACUCAGCAGCAGGUGAUACCCAUUGUUGUGCAAAGAGCAGUGCUGGGCAGCGUGAGUGAGGAAGUGCUAGUGGAAGAAGAGGAGGAGCGGAGAGGGGAGGGGGAGGGGGAGGGAGGAAGCGGAGGUGAAGUACUUGCAGAAAGGGGUGGGAAAAACGCAAAGAAGGUGGCACGUACAGAAAAGGCCGCAAAGAAGACUGGAAAGAAGGAUGCAAGCAGAGAAAAGACUGGCAAGCCUCCCAAAGGAAAGAAGAAGAAACAUAAGCAGAAAUCUCCUUCCAACGAUGAGAAGAAGGCGGUGGAAGUCGAUGGCGGCAAAAAGCGAAUUACAGCAGCAACUAAUGGAGUCAACUCCUCCUCCUCCUCGUCAUCAUCAUCAUCAUCGAGGGCUGGCCACGUGGCGGAAGGAGAUGCGUCGAUUCAAGAUAAGGAGGAAGCAGAGCGGAUCGCUCACGCGAGGGAAUGGGACGCGGUUAUGCGCGAGGCUGCGUCAGCCAAGAUCUCGACGACAGGGCAGACCGUUAUCAUCUCGCCGUUAGAGACCGUUACGACUGCGUCUGACAGCCGGGAGAUUCUGUCCAAGCUGGUGGUCUGGAAGCAAGCCCUCGGCUACUUGGCCAUGCUAGAUCUGUCCUCUUACAUGUCCUCUAUCGUUGUCGAAUCGAGACCGCCUCCACGUGGCAUGUUCGGGUUUCUUUGGCGCUUCUGCCUCGGGGUUCAGACCCUGAUGGACGAAGGGCUGAUCGAGGAGCGCAAGAAGGUUUUCUGUUUUGCGAAAAUGCCCUUCAUAGAUACGGACGAGAUGCACCGCAGGAUGCUGUUCAGUGUUUACGUCAGACUGACAGGAGAUGUCAGGCCUGUGUCCCGACGCGGGGACCACUGGGAAACCAUCGGAUUUCAAGGCAAAGACCCUGCUACAGAUCUGAGGGGGUGCGGAAUGCUGGCGCUGCUUCAGCUGCUUUACGAAGUCGAAGACAACGCAGAGAACAUGGGGUGCAUAUAUAGGCUGUCGCUAGAUGGAACGCACGGGUUCCCGCUCAGCAUCAUAUCUAUCAACAUCACCAAGUGGGCGUUGGAGUCACUGCGCGCCGGAACCUUAUCCAAAGAGAUUAAUAAGCAGAACAGCGUGGUGAAUGUGAUCAAUCAGUUCCACAAAGGAGCUUUCCAUGACUUCUAUAACAGAUGGAAAAACGGCGGGAUGACAAUGCUGCAAUCCGGUUAUCUUUUGAAGGAGGUGGAAGAAGCUUCAAUGAAACGACCGUCAGCAACUCUUGGCAGAGCGUCAACGGUGUUGAAGGACUGGGUGCCACGUGGAAGCCGCUCAGUUGCAGUCGAGUCUGCGAGAGGUUGAUUGAUUGAUUGAUUGAUUGAUUACUUUUGAUGAAUCAUCAAAGACGUAAGGACACCGAUCGACGCUGUCUAUCCGCUAGCGGAUGGAGCCGUUUCCACGU